GUUAAUAUGUUUGAGACAAGUGCAAUAUACUGCAGUGUGCGGCGGCAGUGGUGCCAGUGGUGCCAGUGGUGGUGGUGGUACGUAUGUACGUUAUUAGCCACGUGGAAGCCAUAGCAGCAACAUGACUCGAGUGACGAUCGUCGCGCUUUUCUACGCGCUGUGUUAUUUCGCGUCCAGUCUCGCCGUCACAUUUCAGGAUUGCGGCUCAAAAUCAGGCAAAUUCACGGAGAUAUUAGUCUCGGGAUGUGAAAUGACCCAGGAAAACUGUAUUUUAAAGCGCGGCACUAACGCAUCUAUAUCCAUCAAAUUUAUACCUAAUAAAGAUAUUUCGCAAGUCAAGGUACGUGUAUACGGCGUACUAGUACACGUUCCGGUACCUUUUCCAUUUCAGAAGUCUGACGCUUGCAAUGAUCCUGACGAUGGGAUCACUUGUCCUUUAAAGAAGAACCAAGAGUAUCAUUACACGACCACGUUGUUUGUGGAAAAGAAGUAUCCUAAGGAUCUAGAGAAAGAAAACUAUGUGUAAUAUUACUAUGGGUAAUUCUACACGUUGAUCUGUGAGUGUUUUCUAUUCAGUACUUUGUAAAGUAUUUUCUCUUUUGGCUAAUGCGCUGAUCAUUUUUUAAAUAAUUAUUUCAUUAUCUUAAAAUAGAAAUAAGACUCGGCCAUCGAGUUUCCAGUGGUAAUGGAGAGGGAGGGGUGGGGGGGGGGGGGAGGAAGCAUCGCCUCAGAAAUCAGUAUCACCGAAAUAUGUGUCUAAAUCCAAUCAUUAAAUUCCACUCAAUUCGUUUAUAUCUUAAUCAAGUUAAAUUUUAAUCGUUACCAUAGAAAUAGCAAUACUAGUGCAGAUUUAAUAGUUUUCUUUAGUCAUAUACAUAUGUGCACUCUGUACCCAUAAUAGUGUGGAAGAGUGGACAAAGUAAAAUAAAAAUUAGAAUUAAAAGUGCAGGAAGCUCGAGAAAGAAAAGAUAUUUUCAUUUGUCUAAUACGAAUCUUGAUAGCUUUAAUCUUCUUCCUAUUUUUCCUCAAUUUUCAUUAACAUUCCAUCAUGUUUUU